UUUCUAAUGACGUAGUUCACAAGCAGUGUGGCAAGUGACGUGUCGAAGGAGUAAUUCUUUGCAAUAUUUUGUUAUUUAUCACCUUUUAAGAGUCGAUUUUGUAAUUCAUAAGGAGGAUGAGGCGUGCCCAUGCUGCGGAGGCCAGCUAUGCAGCUGCCAAUGGCAACAACCAGAUGGUUGAAGAUGAGAACGAGAGACUGGAAGAAAACUUGCAGUUUAAAGUCAAAGCUUUGAAAUCUCUGAGCAUAGAUAUAGGAACAGAAGUCAAAUAUCAGAAUAAGAUGUUAAAAGACAUGGAUGAGGACUUUGACAACUCUGGUGGAAUACUGAAGGCAACAAUGGGGAGGCUGGGAGCGAUCGCGAGAUCCGGUGGAAAUCGAUUUAUAUGGUCCCUGCUUCUGUUUGCCCUGUUGGUCUUUCUAGUCUGUUGGUUGAUUAUCAAAUUCAGAUGAGAGGAGAGAUCUUAAGAUACUGUUUGAUUCUUCAAAUGCUUACAAUCAAACCUGGAGCCUUGCAUUAUUUCUGUAACAACCUGUGUGCAGGUGAACAUUAGAAGAAUAUUUGUUGAUUUGCCACCCAGAUGAACUUGUCUGGACAUGUCUAAAGUAAUCUGGGUGUCAAAAUCACCAGGUUAUAAGUUUGUGGUGUUCUUCAUGAAUCAUUUGACAUUGGUGCUGACUUCUCAUUAUCAUAUUUUAUGGGCAUCAAGAAAAGUGUAUAAUUUUUCAGUAUUGGUGAGAAGUUUUUAAUGUUCUUCAGCGUUCACUCUCCACUUGGAAGUGUUAUCUAUCCUCCAGGAGGUGUUCCUCCUCAAUAAUGGAUGAACAUUUUUUAACGUGCCUCUGCGCUUAUCUUCAAGAUGAUCUUCAGUUAUUGUGUUGUACCAUGAUAACUGGACCUGAUUGACACAAGUCAUUUUAAAAUCACAUUGUAAAUAUGGACAAUGUACAUGUAUUUAUUUUUGUAAAUAAACUAUAAGAAGUA